CGAGGGGGCAUUCCAGUAUAAAUAUCUGCUUCCCUGAAAAGGAAAAUUGAAAGUUUUACAAUUUGUUCUGAAGCAGCUGUGCCUGUUUCUCUGCCCACACUCUCUACCACCUCCCCAGAUCUAUCGUUUUCUGGGACCUAAGUAGAAAACAGAAAUGGGGCUGACCUUCACAAAGUUGUUUAGCCGGCUUUUCGCUAAGAAGGAGAUGCGCAUUUUGAUGGUUGGUCUUGAUGCUGCUGGUAAGACCACCAUCCUGUACAAGCUCAAGCUCGGAGAGAUUGUCACCACCAUCCCAACCAUUGGUUUCAAUGUGGAAACUGUUGAAUACAAGAACAUCAGCUUCACUGUGUGGGAUGUUGGGGGUCAGGACAAGAUCCGCCCAUUGUGGAGGCAUUACUUCCAAAACACACAGGGUCUCAUUUUCGUGGUUGACAGCAAUGACAGGGACCGUGUUGUGGAGGCUAGGGAUGAAUUGCAUAGGAUGCUAAAUGAGGAUGAGCUGAGAGAUGCUGUAUUACUUGUAUUUGCAAACAAGCAAGAUCUUCCCAAUGCAAUGAAUGCUGCUGAAAUCACUGACAAGCUUGGCCUGCACUCACUGAGGCAGCGUCACUGGUACAUCCAGAGCACCUGUGCCACCUCUGGGGAGGGGCUAUAUGAGGGGCUGGAUUGGCUCUCAAACAAUAUUGCUAACAAGACUUGAGUGUUCUUGGGAGUUGCUUGGAUAAUGCGUGCAGCUGUAUUUUUCAUACUAGCCUGUGUGGGAUGUUUUGGUUUCAAAAUUUUUGGAAGUGCUUUAGUACCCUGUGAAAUGGCUGUGUAAAAACUAAAUGAAAUUGUUUCAUAUGUUUGCGGUACACUAGUUCUAAAUGUAUUGCUACAUUUAUUCAUAAAAACGUAUUAAUAUUGUCUGCUUAA